GGGCGGAGCCCGGGGAGCAGCUCGGUCUCUGAGGCUGCGGCGGCCCCCGGGGAGCAGCGGCGGAGCCCGGAGGAGGCGACAUGGCCAUUGUUUCAGAAGAUGGAUUUUAUCAGAGCUCCAACUCAAUGUACAAAACUCCAAACAGCUCUUCACCAGAUGAACAUUCUCCCUUGCUUGAGGGACAGCCAGAAAGCCAUUAUAACUCUCCCAAGCCUCAUGAUCGCUACCAUGGGGCCUACAUCAUCUUUUUCAGCAUGGGAAUCGGUUCCCUGCUGCCCUGGAACUUCUUUGUCACUGCAAAGGAGUAUUGGAUGUACAAACUGCAGAACUGCUCUUCCCAGGGAGCCUCGGAUAUUCAGAACUAUUUUGAGAGUUAUAUUUCCAUCGCCUCAACAGUGCCUUCCGUUCUGUGCCUCAUAGGGAACUUCCUGCUAGUCAACAGGGUGUCGGUCCACGUUCGGGUCUUGAGCUCCUUGGCCAUUCUGCUCGUGGUGUUCGUGGUGAUAACAGUGCUGGUGAAAGUGGACACCUCCUCAUGGACCUUUUCCUUCUUCAUCAUCACCAUCAUCUGCAUAGUGGUCCUCAGUGGUACCGCCACCAUCUUCAACAGCAGUAUCUUUGGUCUUGCGGCCUCCUUCCCCAUGAGGAAUUCCCAGGCUCUGAUAUCAGGUGGGGCCAUGGGGGGGACCAUCAGCGCCGUGGCCUCAUUGGUGGAUCUGGCAGCAUCCAAUGAUGUGACAAACUGUGCUCUGGCCUUCUUUCUGACAGCAGACAUCUUCAUCGUGAUUUGCAUCGGCUUGUAUCUGAUUCUUCCCAAGCUUGAGUACGCCAGGUAUUACAUGAAACCAGUACAACCAAGCCAUGUAUUUUCAGGAGGUUCCUUUCGUGAAGAGGAACAAUCUUCAAGCCUCCUUAAACCUCCACCACAGAUCAUCAGGCUAACAGACCCAAGCCUGCCUCCUCUCUGCUUCAUCCUGAAGAAGACAGCUGUGCUGGGCUUCUGUGUUGUUUAUGUCUUCUUCAUCUCCAUCAUCAUUUUCCCUGCCCUUUCCUCCAAUGUUGAGUCAAUCAACAAGAGUUCUGGAUCUCUAUGGACCAAUAAGUUCUUUGUCCCUCUCACCAGCUUCCUCCUGUACAAUGUUGCUGACUUGUGUGGCCGGCAGAUCCCUGCCUGGAUUCAGAUCCCGGGGCCCAAAAGCAAACUUCUCCCUACCCUGGUUCUCCUAAGGACGUUUUUUGUUCCCCUUUUCAUUUUCUGUAACUACCAGCCUCGGCUCCACUUGGACAAGGUAUUCUUCAAUUCCGAUGUGUACCCGUGCAUCUUUAUCUCACUUGUAGGAUUCAGCAAUGGCUACCUCAGCACCUUGGCACUUAUAUACGGCCCCAGGAUCAUGCCUAAGGAGCUGGCCGAGGCUACUGGGGUGCUGAUGUCAUUUUACCUCUGUCUGGGUUUAGCCUUAGGUUCAGCCUGCUCUGCCUUGGUGGUCCAUCUCAUCUAGGAAGACAGAAAAAGAUGGCAGUCCUUCUGCUACCCUGCCCUUGAAGACAUGUCAACAGCAAAGCAAAAUAUCAUGAGAAGUAACAGGUGGGGUACCAGGGUGACCUGGAUAAGGAACCUUUUGAAGAAAAGAAAGUCCUUUAGUCAUUCAUGGACCAUCAGUUGAUUUCUGUUACCUGUUAUUUGAAGGUGAACAAAAGGAAGCAGAGCUGGCUUCACUCAAACUAUUGAAAGAUUAAGUAGGGGAAUAAAGAUACAUCCAGACAUAUAAAGAACAUAUGGUUCUCUGGAAGAAGCAUUAUAUAACAGAUAUUUAAUCUUAACUAAAAGGGACACUGAAAAGAAGAUAGUGAAUGGAAGGCCAUCAUUGGAGUCAGGAAGACCUGCCAUUGAAAGUACACACUAGACCCCUUUGUCUCUCCAUGGCCCAGGUAACACUGUAUGACUCAAGUGUGCAGAUGAGUCAUCAGACUGGAUUGUUGGAGGGCAUUUCCACUCUGGGAUUUCCCUAAACUGGUGAAAUCAUGGGCUUAGACCAAAACAAGACAUUCUGCCUUAUUUACUAUGAGUCUAACAAUUCUAUUUUUGUCAACAGUGGAAACUGGUUUCUUGCUCUUCUUAUCCAUUCAAUCUCUCACUUUUGUGGUCCAUGUGAAACUUUCCAAAAACCUCUUUAUAUAAGUUUCAGUUCCUUAGGGAAACUUUAGAGCUUUGUCUUUUCUGAGAUGUAGAGAUACAGAAUUCUUAGUGCUUGCUGGAUAGCUGUGGGCUCUCUCUGCAGCUCUCUUCAGCCCUGAAGGAUUCUUCCUUGGAAUGACUCUUUUGGCCAGAGGAGCAGUCUUCAGAUAGUCCUUUAAUUCCAGAAGAAGCCUUACAUUCAGCUAGGAAGAUGCUACUUGUAGGAUACAUCAUCACAAACCGAGGGACUCCAAUCUAGUCUUCAUUUUACAGAUGAGGAAACCAAGGGCAGAGAGGUAUCAGAAGCCAAACGUAUUAAUAAGAGACAUUUACAUAAUGCUUUAAACUUUACAAGCACUUUAUGUUCCCUCGUUUGCACCUCAAAACAGUCCUAUGGGUGGGUAAUACAGGUAUUAUUUCCAUUCCACAGAUGAGAAACCUGAGACUUAGCAAGUCACCAUGAGCACAAAGCUGGUAAGUGCCAGUCAAGAUUUUCCAUACUUCCCCCACAGGAUCUAUUUUCUGUAGCUGUCUAUAACCGGAGUUUGUAAGAGCAACUUAUUGAGAGGGUUUCUUGCUCUUCUUAUCCAUUCAAUCUCUCACUUUUGUGGUCCGUGUCAAACUCUCCAAAAACCUCUUUAUACUAAGCUACCAGGCGGUGAUGGCUGUGAGGAGUCGGGGCAGUCCAGGAUGUGCUGGGCCCCUGCUUGCUCCCUGCCAGCCAAGGCCUGUGGCAACGACCCUAACAUUGAAGUGGCUUGGGCCAUGAAGGCUAUGCAGCAUGCUGGGGUUUAUUCCAAUUUUCAGAUGACCCUCUAUUUCUAAAACUCACUAAAGUAGGGGAUCAGAUCUAGUCAGAGUUUCAGGAGAACUUGGAAAAGCUCAAGAUAGCUGUGUUGGACCUAGAAGAGCUCAGAUCAGAACUAUGGAGACCAUUUGAUAUGAAGUUCAAUGGAAUUGUUGAAGAUUUCAACUCCUGCACCUACUGCAGCUAGACUGUACUCAGGAGUAUAGUAAAGACACAGUUUUUUGCUAUUGAAAUAGCUUGGAAACAGGAAGGUUCUAACGGAGCUGUUUACAAUAGUGCUCAACAGAAUGGAGAACCAGAAAAAGACAAUGCGAUGUCUAGGUAAAGAUCACAGGAUUCAGAUCACUGAAUCAAAUAUACAAGGGAACUUUCAGGAAUCUUUGUAGUUUCCUGACUGGACUAUUGGUGACGUCGUAUAAUCUCUGCUCAAAAUUUAGCUGCAUGGAAAAGCCAUUGUUCAGAAUCAGUUUUUUAAAAUGAUCUCAUGACUAGUCUAGAUAACUUAAGAAAAUAUGCAGAAAUACAAUCCAUUGUUGGGUUAUGUUUCUCAACUUUAUAUGGAAAUUUUUAUAAAAAGAAUUUUCUUUAUACUUUACCUUUUCUUAGUGUUCUCAAAAGUCAAUAAUUCCUGAAAUGUAUGUGUUCUUCUUAUUCUAAGACAAUUAUUGUCUUAUUUGUUGUCAAAUCUGCUAUAUCUCUUGUACAUUUGUGGAUUAACAGUUUAUUCUCUAGCUGUAAUGUCUAGAAAUAGACAUUUGGUUGCAAUGGUAACCUGUCAGUUAUUGGCAUUAUGCCAAUCAUUAUAUGCCUUAAUAUCCAUGCAGUGACUACAACAUUAAAACAACCAGAUGAGAAUAAAUUCAGUAGAAACAAAAAAGAAAAAAAGAAGAAAUAUUUGAACCCAGAUCUUCCCUAGUCCCACAUUCACUCCGCCAUGUUGCUGACUCCAAAUUCAGUGUUUUUUACCACUAUACCAGGGAUUUUCUUUGUGUCCUUGACCCCCUUUGGCAGCCUGGUGAAGCCUGAGAACCUUUUCUCAGAAUAAGUUAUUUAAGUGCAUAAAAUAAAAUGUAUAGGAUAACAAAAGGGAACUAAUUAUAUCAAAAUAUAAUCAUCAAAGUCCAUGAAGCUCAAUUUAAGAAGCCCUUGGACUUUAUUAUAAGGAUGCCCUCUAUGUAUAAAUCAAAAACUAUUUAUCACAUGCAGCAUUUUUUUUCAGCAUGAAAAUAAGCUUAAUUUUUUCUAUUUUGCUCCAAAUUUUCCCUGGCUCCCUCCAUGCUGGAUCUUUGGACCAGCAGUGAUGUAUUCUGCCAUUAUAACACAAAAGUGAUCCAUAGCCAGGCCCAGAAACUCCAUUCCAUAACAUGCUUCCUGACUGUCUUAUGAAAUUGUCAGAGAUGUUAUUGUUGGAUUAGUAUGAAUGUCUCCUAAAGCUCAGAGAUGAUAUUGUUGGAUUAGCACGAAUGUCUCCUAAAGUUCAACACAAAACAUAUUUGAAAUCUACAGCUCUAGAGAACUGGGGGCUUGGGAAAGAGUUCUCAGAAGAAGAAGGGGCCAAUGGGGAGACACACUGAGGGAAAGGAAAGGCUUUCUGGGUGACCAUGGGAAAGUUAUCCACCUCUAUGAGCUUGUUUCCUCAAAAAUAAUAAGAAGAAAAUACAAUACCUACCUCAUGAGAUUGUUGUGAGGAAAGGGAGUUUUCAAACACUAAACCACUUAAUAAAUAUACGGGACUGCAUUGAGAUCAUGCCGUGUCAAGAUCAGCUGAAAGAAUCAGGGGUGUUCGCUCUCAAGAGAGGAAGAUAUAAGGAGACAGUGGCUAUCUUCAAGAAAUCGAAAGAUUAUCACAUGGAAGGAGGAUUAGACUUGUUAUUGGUUGUCCUAGGAAGACAUAUCCAGGAGCAUGGGGUAGGAAUUUGUAAAAGGCCAAAUUACGUUUGAUUCAAGGAAGAGUUUCCUUACAAUUAGAGCCCCCAAAGCAGAAUGGGCCAUCUCAGAAGGGAGGUAAGUUCUUGCUUAAUGACGAACUCCAAGCAAAGGACAGAUGACCACUUGUGGGAUAUGGAACUGUGGGUCAACUUGGGAGAGCUAGACCUGAGACCAUUUCCAAUUCUGAGACUGAGUUCUGCCUCCAACUAGCAUGGGAACUGCAUCCAUAGUCAAGUGCCAAGUUAAAAGGGACCUUCAUUCUGCCUUAUUGUCAUUCUGUUAGCUUAGGUGAUGAUGUGUCUCUUCUCACUGAGUAAGAUAUAUGAGACAUAUGGAUUUACAGUUAUCCAAGAGAGGUUUAGAGUGGUCCUCAAGGAGUCUACAGGUGGGGCUCUUGUACUGUUGCCAUUUAUAAUGUGACGAUGUCUGUACAUGUUGUUACAGGGACCAACUAAUGCUUGUGUACUUAAUAAAAAAAAUAGAUGGUAUUCCACCGCAA